AUGGAACAGGAAAUGAUUGAUGGGUUGCAAAAUCUGUGUCUCACGAAAGAAGAAGAAGAAGGAAUACCCAUUACAUCAAGAAGUAAGUCAGACCUGCUGGAAGAAUGUUCUUUGAGUCUCUUUGGUCGUCUACUCUCAGAUAGGCAGCAAAAUCAAAGGGCUUUAAAGAACACCCUGAGAUCCGCUUGGAAGAUGGGUUCGGAGCUGAAAAUGGUCGAUGUUGGGAAUGGUAUUAUCCAGUUCAAGUUCAGCUCUAAAUAUCAAUUGGAGUGGGUGGAGAAUAGUGGCCCAUGGAAUUUUGAGAAUAACUUGCUCCUCCUCUGUCGCUGGAAGAAGGGGCUCUCCACAGAAAAUAUAGUCUUUACCCAUUCUCCCUUUUGGGUACAACUUUGGGGCUUACCCUUUGAACAUAUGAGUGAAGAUGUGGGUAAGGAUGUCGGAAACAGUUUGGGUCGCUUUCUAGAAAUGGACAAACGUCUUUGUCAAUCGGAUCAAGCUUUGUUUAUGCGUAUCAGAGUCGAGCUUCCGAUUGAGAAACCACUUCGCAGAGGGGGUAAUGUGGUGAGUCUUGAUGGAGAAAAGUUUUGGGUUAGCUUUAAAUACGAGAGGCUUCCCACGUUCUGCUUCUUGUGUGGCAAGCUUGGCCACGAUGAUAAACACUGCCUGGAUUUCCCAAACUGGCAGUCCACUCCUAAGCAAUAUGGGGAGUGGCUGAAGGCAGGAGGGGUUUUCAAAGGGAACUCAGGCCAACAAAGGGGUAAUUUCAGAGAUAGGCGUCAGGGGGAGAAUGUGAACAACACAAAAGGCAAUGGACAACCCAUGGAUCGGAACCCCCAUUCCGAUGUUGCAGACGGUGGAGGAAACACAGUUGGAAAAGGUUGCAUUCGAAAUUCAAAAUCUGCAGAUCACACGUGCGGAGGUGAUGUCUCUGAAGGCCAAAUGUGUCAAACAGUAGAUAGUGGAGACAGAUGGGACGGGUUGGGAAAAGGUGACCAACUGUUGAGUUUGGGGUUAAACCAACGAGAUGGAACGAAAGCACAUCACUCAGGAAUUUGCGUUGACACAAAGGUAGAGAAAGAAGCACAAGACGCUUUAUCUAAAGUGGGCUCCCCAUGCCAAAAGGCCGAAAACUCCAAUGAAGUCACCAGCCCAAACAAGCCCAAGAAGGAGUAUCAGACUAAUGCCAAGGCAGUGGAUCACAAUUCGGCCCAUGAGGCAGCACCGCCGGGAGCCAUGAAUUCAUUAUGUUGGAACUGCCGGGGGCUUGGGAACCCCCGGUCAGUUCGCGCGUUGCAUGAUAUGGUGCGACGCUUGGAUCCCAGAAUAGUGUUUCUUGUAGAGACUAAGCUUAAGAAAAAACGUAUGGAGAGAGUUAGAGACAGAUUGGGCUUUGCAAAUGGUCUUCUUGUGCCAAGCCGAGGCCGUAGUGGAGGUCUGGCCCUUCUUUGGAAGAGGGAAGUAAACCUGAAUGUUAAAAGCUUUAGCAAUUACCAUAUUGAUGCAACUGUUACAGAGGUAAGCUCUAGACUAGAAUGGAGAAUUACUGGUUUUUAUGGCCAUCCUCAAACUCAUCUACGACACAAUUCUUGGAAUUUACUUUCUCUCCUCUGUGGUCAAAUGCAACUCCCUUGGCUCUGUUUCGGAGACUUUAAUGAGAUUGUUUCUAUGGAAGAAAAAUGGGGAGGUGCGAACAGAACACAAAUUCAGAUGGAUGGUUUUCGUAAUGUCAUCAACUCAUGUGGAUUCAAAGAUUUGGGUUAUAGUGGACCUGACUACACUUGGUGCAAUAUGCAAGAAGGGGCUGGAAGAAUUUAUCUAAGGCUAGACAGAGCUUUAGCCACGUGUGAGUGGAUAGAGAAUUUCGGCGAAGUUAAAGUCCAUCACCUGGUUGACUCUACUUCAGACCAUUGUGCUCUUUUCAUCUCUAACUCCCAGAUUAUUAAAAGACCCAGAUCACGACGUUUCCAUUUUGAGGCAUUUUGGACAAAGAAAGAGGACUGCAGAGGAAUCAUUGAAUCGGUGUGGGGCUCUACCAGUGAUAUGAACACUCCUGAGGGUAUGGCUUCUGGGCUAAAGCUUUGUGCUUCGGAGCUGGCUUCUUGGAAUUCCUCUACCCUUGGGCAAAUUCCAAAGCUAAUCCAGGAGAAAAGGAAAAUGCUAUCCAAUUUGACUGAGCAAGACAAAGAGGGUUUUCUUGGGAUGGAAAUUAACAGUGUUAGGAGAGAGCUUAAUGGGCUCUUGGAUGAUGAAGAAAUUUUUUGGGGGCAACGUUCCAAGGUUCACUGGCUAAAAGAGGGGGACAGAAAUACAAAAUUCUUUCAUGCCCGGGCAUCAGAAAGAAGGAAGCAAAACACGAUCUCCGGAGUCUGGGAUAAGUUUGGGCAGUGGUGUGAAGACAGGGACAGCAUUGCCAACGCUGCAGUCACCUACUUUGAAGACAUCUACUCCACUUCUAAUCCGAGUAUGGUUGAUGAGGUUACAGCAGCAAUUCCCACCAUGAUAACUGAGGAGAUGAACAUGGAGCUGUCUAGAUGCUUCACCAGAGAAGAGAUUGUGACUGCCCUCAAACAGAUCCACCCCACAAAAUCUCCAGGGCCAGAUGGUCUCUCGGCUCUCCUCCAUGAUGCAGCUAGAAACCAGCUUUUGAAUGGCAUAUCUUUAUGUAGAGGAUGCCCUAGGAUCACUCAUCUUUUCUUUGCCGACGACAGCCUCCUCUUCUGUAAAGCUAACAGGGAAGAAUGUGUGAAGCUUAAGGAGAUUCUUGAGAAAUAUGAGGCAGCCUCUGGGCAGAAGGUCAACUCAGAUAAAUCCUCUAUUUUCUUCAGCCAAAACACAACCCCGGAACUUAAGGAGGCAAUCUUUAACAUCCUAGGGCCUAUGCAAGAUUCAAGGCACAAUAAAUAUUUGGGUCUCCCUUCCAUCAUAGGCAGAUCCAAAAAGCAAGUCUUUGCAGAGAUUAAAGAGAGAGUGGGGUUGAAAUUGGCGGGUUGGAAGGGCAAGUUGCUCUCUUCGGGUGGAAAGGAAAUUCUCAUCAAAGCGGUAGCCCAAGCUAUCCCCACCUACACAAUGAGCUGCUUCCUUCUUCCAAAAAGCCUCUGUGAUGAGCUUGAAAAAAUGAUGAGGAACUUUUGGUGGGGGCAGAAAAACCAAGAGUCGAAAGUCGCCUGGAUUAGCUGGAGAAAGAUGUGUAAGCCAAAAUCUCUUGGAGGUUUAGGGUUCCGAAACCUUCACGCUUUCAAUCUUGCCCUUCUUGCUAAGCAAGCUUGGAGAAUUCUCACAAAUCCUAGCUCUCUUGCAGCUCGUAUUCUCAAGGCAAAAUACUUUCCCUAUGGAGAUGUGCUUAAUGCUAGCUUGGGUAGCAACCCCUCCUACACAUGGAGGAGUAUCCAUAAUAGCCUUGGAGUUCUUAAAAGUGGCACUCGAUGGAGAGUUGGGAAUGGCCGGAGGAUUCAUAUUUGGGAGGACAAGUGGCUUCCAUCCCCCUCGACAUACAAAAUCAUUACUCCCCCGCGAAUCACUGAAGACUACCCCAUGGUUUCCUCUCUUAUUGACCCGGAUACUAGAUGGUGGAAAAUUGAUUCUAUUAAAGCUCUCUUCCUUCCGGUAGAUGCAGAAGCUAUUCUCAAGAUUCCCUUGAGCUUCAAUCUGCCUGAGGACAGAAUCAUUUGGAUAGGAAAUAAAAAAGGAGAGUUUUCUGUUAAAAGUGCCUACUAUGUUGCUGUUAAUCUCCUUGAAUCAGCUGAGAUGGUGGAAUGCUCUUCGGGGGACCCCUUUUUGCCUCUAUGGAAGAAGCUUUGGAAGCUUGAUCUCCCUGAAAAAGUAAAAAUUUUCGCUUGGAGAGCUUGCUUAAAUGGCCUUCCAACCAUGAUUAAUAUGCACAUGAGAGGCCUGAAUGCCAACUUAUACUGUCCGGCCUGUGAUGAAGAGGUUGAAUGCUUAAAUCAUUGCCUUGUCACUUGUGACUUUGCCCUAUCUGUUUGGGCCCUUUGGCAAGACUGUCCGCUUAGUUUGCUGCUGGAAACCCGUGACGUUAAGGCCCUUGCUCUUCAUUUUCUUGCCAAUUCUCCUCCUCGGCACCUGCUGAUUUUCUUUGCCAUUUCCUGGGCAAUUUGGCAUAAUAGGAACCUGCGUGUUCAUGAAGAAGUUUGUCUUUCGCCCCUCCAAACUUGGGAGAUGGCUCAAAGAUUGAUUGAUGACUACCACGGCGCCAUUAAAAUGGAUUUCCCCCCUAUUCAGCCCACUAUUAGGGGCUGGUCUGCCCCUCCUCCUGGUGUGUUCAAGGUAAAUGUGGAUGGGGCAUGCUCUAUAGAUCCUGUGGGGAGUUCAGGGGUUGGUGUUGUUAUUAGGGAUGAAUCCGGCAUGGUUAUUGCAGCUCUCUGUAAGCUGCUGCCUUCUCAUUUCCCUGCUGAUUGGACGGAGCUAUUUGCUAUUGAGCAAGGCCUUUUGUUGGCGCAAGAAAUGGACCUCCCACAAAUCAUGUUGGAAUCAGAUGCUCUUUCAGCAAUCCUUGCUAUUAAUCAUGGUAACUUUGAAGGUGAAGCUGGUCAUUUAGUGGAAGGCAUUCUGCAGUCCAAAGCUUUGUUCUCUUGCUGCUCUUUCUCCUUCUUGAAAAGGGACUACAACAUGGUUGCUCACAAGCUGGCUCAAUUUGCUAAGUCUAAUCUUUGUUCUCAUGUAUGGAAAGGUGUUAUCCCACCUUUUGUUUCUCAUUUGAUUGUUUCUGAUCUAGAGCCUCAUGCUGAUGGCUCUCUGUUGUAG